GUCAUCAGGGUAUUGAUUAUAUAUGAAUCUGGAUCUAUCUUAUAGUGAACAGCUAGAUGAAAUAUAAUAUGGAUCUGUUUGUUUAUUUCCCCGAUUCCCUGUUUGUUAUUUGCAGCGUUUGCAAGUUUGCAUGUGUGGCCAAUGAAGUAACAGCCCAUUUACAGCAACAGCAUAUCCCGGCAACAGCAACAGAGGUUAGACGAAUUAGCGAUGUGGUGAAAGCAAUCCCGGGCAUCAUUAACACACAGGAAGAGUUACGCCAGUGGUCAGUGCCGCCACCAACAACACCACCAAUCCCCAUCAUUCCACCGCCAGAACCGGAUGGAUUAGAAUGCGAUAAAUGCCCGUAUGUGGCCCGAACACCAAAGACCAUAGGAGCAUAUUAUCGGAACAAGCAUAAGUGGGUCAACGCUCGGGGGCCGGGCCGGUGCGCCAAGAAGUUAGGGGCCGAGGAGGAGCGGGCCGUACCGUGGAGAACAGGCGUUCAAUGCCAGAGAUUUUUCCCAUCGCGUGUGGCAAGUAGUUGGUUCGAGGUUGGCCGGGGAUUGCCGCCGUCCGUCAAGCCAGAUCAGCAUACCGACGGAGUCGACAAGGAAGCCGAGUUUUUGAACCGAAUCCACCGCGAAGAUGAAGAGGCGUUUGUGAAAGAGUCCAGAGCAGCCAUCAAAACGGCGGACGACAAAUGGGAAGCCGAUCGGUGGUUAAAUCGCGUUGGGUGGGCGGCCCAUUUGAAGGACGUUGACAGGGACGAUUUGCAAAAGGCAGUACGUCCGAUUGAGGAGCAUGAGGUCGAAUUACAGAAGAUGUGGGCCGUUUUUGAUCAGGUAUUAGACACCGCAUAUGCCGUGGCCGUCAAUCGCAGCCCGGGCACGGCCGAGUUAUACGAAGUUGAGCGAAAGGAAAUAUUAUACCCCAGGGUCUCGACUCGUCAAUUACCAGAUAUGAGUUACAUCUUAUCUACCAACUACGUGACUACGCAACAUGCUCAAUAA